AUGGAGCAAUCUCCCGACGCCGCCUGGGCCAGAUCGAUCAAAUCCUGCGAUGACAUCGUCACGGCACGGCAGAUUCACGACAGCGUUCGCGGAUUACCGAGCAUCUACCUUCACAAUCUCGUCAUCGAGAUGUAUGGCCGCUGCGGCCGCCUAGACGACGCGCGCCGCGCCUUCGCCGCCAUCCCAAUCCCUAAUCGCUUCUCCUGGAACAUCCUCUUCCAGGCGUGCGUCGCCAAUGGCCAGCUCCACGAAGCCAGCGGCAUCUUCGAGAAUAUGCCCGAGAGGGACCUGGUAUCCUGGAACGCAAUGCUCGCCGCAUAUUCCCAGGCCGGGCAUUUGCAUCCCGCCCAGCGCCUCUUCCAGGAGAUGCCCGAGCACAACGUCGUGUCGUGGACGACGCUCAUGGCCGCGUUUGCCAACGGUGGAGAUCUCGCUCGGGCGAGAUCGACGUUCGAGGAAAUGCCAGCACGGAACGUGGUGACGUGGACGACCAUUAUCGUUGCGUACGCCGACUGUUCCGAGCUGGCAGAGGCCCAACGGCUCUUUGAUGCCAUCCCGGAGAGGAACCUCGUGACGUGGACUGCCAUGGUGGCAGCAUAUGCCCAGAACGGCCAAUUGCCGCUAGCCAUGUCAGUGUUUCAUUCCAUGCCUGAGCGCAAUGCUCUUUCCUGGACGGCACUCUUGUUAGGGUUCUUAGAAGCCGGGGAGAUUGAUCGUGCUAGAGCUUUGCAUGAUCAGAUGCCCGAGCUUAAUGUGAUCUCGUCCACAGCGAUGCUAGCAGCGUAUGCCGAGAGUGGGCAAUUUGAGCAGGCAAAGAGUCUCUUCGACGCCAUGCCCGAUCGAAAUAUCGUCUCGUGGACUGCAAUGCUCGUCGCGUACUCCAAGAGCCAACAAUCUCUCGAGGCAAUACAGCUCUUCAGCGCCAUGGAUCUGGAAGGAAUCCAUCCUGACGCCGUGAGCUUCAUCGCAGUAGUGGAUGCCUGUGCCGAUGGGAGCGAUCUAGCACGAGGAAAGCUCCUACACCAGGAGAUCAUCCACCUCGGGUACCAAUCCGACCAAGUCUUAAGCAACGCGCUUCUCAAUCUCUAUGGCAAAUGCGGGAGAUUGACAGAGGCCAAGAGCCUCUUCGAUCGGUUGCCAGAUCCUAGCACCGAAUCCUGGAACGCGAUGAUUGCCAUCUACACCCGCGGUGGCCAAAACAAUCUCGCCCUGGAUCUCUUCCCGGCGAUGAAUCUCAGGGGAUUCGAGCUGGACGAGAUCAGCUUCGUGAGCGUGCUGUCUGCGUGCGGCCAUGGCGGAUUCAUGCCCGACGCCAUCACCAAAUUCGCUUCCAUCUCCAUGGACUUCGGGUUGGAGAGAAGUGCCAAUCACUACCGGUGCCUGAUCGAUGCAUUGGGGAGGGCAGGGAGGCUGAGAGAUGCGAGGGAUGUGAUUGCGGCUAUGCCUUACCAAGCAGAUUGUAUGGCCUGGACCUCUGUUCUUGGUGCGUGUCACACAAGUAGUGAUCUAGAACAGGGAAGUAGUGCUGCACAGAGAGCUUUACAAUUAGAACCCUCUUGCCCUAGCUCUUAUGUUCUUCUCUCAAACAUCCACUUCCAAGGCGAGCGGAGCAGCGAUGCUGUGUGCUCUUCCGGGCUGCACGAAGCUCGCAUUCUUUCAAGAGAGCAGUGGCAAGCAGCACGAAUGCUGCGGAAGAACCCAUCACCUGAUGGAGAUGGUGCGUCGCAACAAUGGACUGCUGCUCAAUCCGCCAAAGCUCGAUGGCCGCUGCCAGCUCUCGUCUUGCAACCAUCCAGUGUGGAGCGGCGAUCACGACUUCUGCUGCAAGCGCCACGCCUUGGAGUGCCUCGAUCAGACGCAGAGCAUCGUCGCCAGGAAAUGCGAGCUUCCGGGAUGCGAUCUCCCGGUGUGUGUGGAGACAACAGCGUCGGGCGGCAUACGGGUCCACGAUUUCUGUGGAUGGUCUCACGCAAAACUCUCGCGCUCGCAAGGAAAGGCUCCAGCACGAUCACCUUGAUCGCGCCAUUGAAAUGGAAGCGAUCAUCCCAGCGAGACAACACCACGAUCGAGGGCUGCCACUGGAAGCAGCAAGGCAAGCAGGAAAGCUUCGUCCUCCGCGGCCUCAAAGUGGAGAAGCGCAACUUGUCUUACAUCGCUACCGAGCAGCACAGCAGCGAUUUGAGCUUCUCGCUGGUGGAGUAUGUUCUCAGCGAUCACCCCCAGUUUGGAGCUUUCAAGAUCAACGCGAGAGAGCGCGCGCGCGAGAAGAAAGUUAGAGUCGACAAGAAGAAGCGAAAGGUUGACGACGAUGUUAAGAUGCUGGUGGACGGUUUUCUGGCCGAUUCACCCGAAGUUAUUUUCUAG